UUGGUGGGUUAUGCAGGUGACUUCGGACUGGUCCACUAAACUCUUUGGAUGUAUGGAGGACGAACACACGUGUUUACUGGGCGCGCUGUGCACACCGUGUUUGGCCUGUUCACUGGCCCGUCAACUCGGGGAGUCCUGUUGUGUCGUGGCCUGUGUUCCGGGAGGAGUCUUUGCGCUGAGAACAAAGCUUCGGAUGCAGCAAAACAUUGAGGGUUCAAUCUGCGAUGACUGCCUAACACUGAGCUGCUGUUGUCCAUUUGCCCUGUGCCAAAUGGCCCGAGAGCUGGACAACGCAGAAAUUGGACGAUUAUAGGAUGAACUGAAACCAGUACGGCCACCUCGAGGGUCAACAGGCUGAACACAAUGUGCAUGACUUGGGCCAAAACUGAACCCAAAACAAUUCCACCAUAUUCUGAGAUGAUUUCUGAAAAUACCACGCAACAGCAAAAUCAUACAUUCAACAGAUAGGCCUAGUGUUUUACAAGAA